GGCGAACGUUAGACCAGGGCCCACCUUAUACUGUAGAAGUGUUCGUUAAAGAAACGUUAAAGUAUAGUACUAGUUCACAUUUUCACCAGUUAACGUGUAAGUAGUUUAAUUUAUGGGUCGCUGAUUUUUUUUAAAGUUAUUUUCACACGUGUCAUGCACAGCUUUCUUGAGAGGCGGAUGCUAAUUUACAGUCCUAGUUUUCUGUAAGUGUCCGUUUUGUCCGGAGGACGUUUUGUGGGAACGUGUUCUGUCUUGCUGACUUAUUUUGUGCUGGGCAAAGUUUUAAGAAAAUCUUUUAACGUAAAGAAGACUAAAGUGACACAUCAGGGCUGCAGCUUUUAUUAAUUUCACCAACCACUCGAAUAACAAGUUCCAGCUACUCCACUGCAGCAUUAGAGUUUGAGAAGGAGCACCAGAUUGCUCCCGUGUACGAGUCGCCCAGGAUGUCCCGACGGAGCCUGCGUCUGCAGGGCAGUGCCAGUCAGCAUGGCAGCGAGAGGCUGGCGGACUACUCCCAGAACCACAGCAGCAGCUACAUCAGCACCAGGAGAGAGACACGGACGGAACGGAGCAGAAAGCAGCAGUCCACUUCCAGCUCUCUGUCCUUAUCCCUGAGCCAAGUCGCCACACCGAGGCAAAUCCUGUCCUUCUCAGCUGUCAGCACCCCGAUCGACAACAGCAGCAAACUUCAGGAUAGCAACACAUCAUCUGAUGACUCUCUGCUAACCUCUACCCACAAGUCUCACCUGAGACGGCGCACACUCACCACAACCACCACCACUACGACGGUGGAUGGACACUGGGGCCAGAGAUCCAGUCAAAGCACAUCAAGUGUCAACGGCGAUGCCAGCACAUCUAAGUCCCACACUUCACUCGCUAAUGGUUACAUCUGCAAAGACUGCUCUUUACAUUCUCAGACAACGGGCUCAAUUAGCACACAGUCAUCAUCAUCUCAAGCUGCUGAACUUUCCACUGAUGCCCUCUCUUCCUCAUCUUCACCCAUCACCAGUAUAUACACCAGAGACAGGAGUCGGAGGAAUAAGACAGGUGUCCUGAUGUCAGUGUCUAACACGUGUGUGCGCUACAGCAAAAAAGCCCUGGCCCCCAUAGUGUCCUUAGUCAGCCUUCUCUUCAACAGUGUGAUUUGGCUCAGUUCACGGGCCAAGAGCCCACCAGGAAAAGGUGUCCUAGCAUCCUUUUCGGACUCAGUGAGACAAGUGACAUCCUCCAGUCUGUCCAAACUGUGGCUGUUUAAGCAGACCACACUCCACAGGAUGAUGGGUGACAGGGCUAAAUGCUAUGAAGGUGAUGACUGUAAAGGGAAGCAGUACUCAGAGACACACACCGUCCUCCUCACACAGUCCUCCAGGUCACAGCGCCUGGUUGGGGCGCUGUGGAGCAUCCUAGCUUAUACAGGUUACUUCCUCCUGCAGCCAGGCUACUGUGUGGUCAGAGCAGGCAGAGCGGUGGGUUCAGGUGUCGGCAUGGGAAUGCAGAGACUGCUUUCAUUCUGCUGGAUGCUCCUGGCAGCUCCAGUGAAAGCAGGGAAAGGACUGCUAUGGUUUCUUGCAAGAGGAUGGUACCAGCUGGUGUCUCUCAUGUCUCUCCUCAACGUCUUCUUUCUGACACAAUGCCUUCCCAAACUGUGGAAGCUCCUGUUGCUCCUUUUGCCCUUUUUACUCCUCCUUGCUUUAUGGUUAUGGGGUCCGUCCACUGCUACCUUGCUAGCCUACCUCCCUGCCAUAAACCUAACUGAGUGGCAUCCUGCAUCUCCCGUCACCUACUUCUCUAACUUGGUAGCUGUUCCUGCUUCUGACCCUGCACCAGAGUCUCCGGUGGAGCUGGCCCCAGCCAUCCCAGUCACACAGGAAACACCAAUCCUUCCCCCGGUGGCAGUCUCUAGUUUGGACUUGGAGCGUCUUGAACGUGUGGAGCACCAAUUAGCUCUGCUAUGGGAGCAAGUCAGACAGGGUGACCAGAAGCAGGACCUACGUCAUGGAGAUAUUCUUGGUCUGUACAACACCCUGAGGGAGCAGCUCCACACCCAGACUGAUAGGGAGAGCCUGGGAGUGUGGGUGUCCUCCCUGUUGGAGCAGCGGCUCGGCGUGCUGCGAGGAGAGCUGGAGCAGGAAAACACACUCAGGGCACAGAGUGCUGAGCAGCAGAAACAGCAUCAACAGAGUCAAGCAGCACGUCUGGCUGAUUUAGAGUUGCUGCUAAAUGCUUUGUCUGCAAAAACUGAGGAAGUGCAGCAGAAGCAGCAGCACUAUGAGCAUGAGAAGGAGGAAAGAGAAAAAGAAGAUGUUGCAUCUGAAGCUAAAACAAUUCCUCUUAGUGCGGGUGUGAAGCAGGAAGACCAUGAUGCUUUGCUAGCAGAGGUGCAGAGACUCGAGGCAGAGCUGAGUAGAAUCAGAGAGGACCUGCAGGGCGUUGUUGGAUGCAAGGGCAAGUGUGAGCAGCUGGACACUCUGCAGGAAACAAUAUCAGCCCAAGUGUCUUCACAGUUGCGGAAAGAGCUGCAGGCUGUUUUCUUUGGCAGCGGUGGGUCAGAGGAGCAGCAGGGUGAGGUGCCUGAGUCUCUGAUUUACUGGCUGUCCCAGCGCUAUGUUACCACACCUGACCUGCAGGCUGCGCUGGCCUCGUUGGAGCUGAGCAUCCUGAAAAACAUUUCGCUGCAGCUGGAGGUUAGCCGGGGCCAGAUCCUGGGCGAAGCCAAGUCCGAAACCGCGACCAAAGUUGAUACAAUAACCGGGACUGUCCAUCAUACUUCUGCUGGGGAGGGUCUGACAGAAGAGCAUGUGAAGCUGAUCGUCUCGAACGCUCUGAAGCUGUACUCCCAGGACCGAACAGGCCUGGUGGACUACGCCCUGGAGUCUGGAGGCGGCAGCAUCCUCAGCACCCGCUGCUCUGAAACAUAUGAAACCAAGACAGCCCUCAUGAGUCUGUUUGGCCUGCCACUGUGGUACUUCUCCCAGUCUCCACGUGUUGUCAUUCAGCCUGAUGUGUAUCCAGGUAACUGCUGGGCAUUUAAAGGUUCUCAGGGUUACCUGGUGAUCAGGCUGUCCCUGAGAAUCCUGCCCACGUCCUUUUGUGUGGAGCACAUUCCCAAAUCCCUGUCACCAACUGGAAACAUCACUAGCGCCCCACGCAACUUCACCGUCUAUGGUCUAGAUGAUGAGUACCAAGAAGAAGGAAAGCUCCUGGGACACUACACCUAUGAGGAGGAUGGGGAGUCACUGCAAACCUUCCCUGUUAUGGAGCAGAAUGAUAAGGCCUUCCAGAUCAUCGAGGUGCGAGUGUUGUCUAACUGGGGUCACCCAGAAUACACCUGCCUAUACCGCUUCAGAGUCCAUGGAGAACCACACCCUCAGUGAACCAACUACCACCAGACACACUACGAACAUUACAUCCUAUCUGUACAUAUCUGUCCCCGGCUUCUUUUGAUCAGAGGGGACUCGGCAAGGGUGGAAGUUUUUGUAUAAAAGCCAUGAAGAAGAAGUUGUGGAUGGUUAAAGGAAUGUGCUCAGACUGAAUGAUGUCUUUUGAUAUACAAAGAGUGACUGGAAAGUUUGUAUCAGGACUGUAAAGGAAUGAAGAGAGGAAUGGAACCACAGAAGAAGCUUAAAGUCCCAGUCCCCUUCUCAUUGCACUGAGUCUGCCCAUGCGGGUGCCAGACUCCUCUAAGUGGACAAAUCCAUCCUCCCUUUAGGCACCUUCCACUUCUACAGGGAGGUGGACACAUGAAAUGGGGUCACAUUUUCAUCUCUAGCAUUUUCUCACACUGUAUCUAAGUCUGAUUUGCUUUUUUUUUUUCUUUAACUUUUAAACUUUUUCAUGAGAAUUCACCAUUUUUCAGGAUUCAAAACUACUGCACCUUUGCCUGAGAUGCUGUCCAGGUUUCAUUAUGUUGUCAACUGCAUCUUAACUGUUUGGGCAUACCAUGGACAUGUCAGGUUCACUACUUUCUGGACUUGGUCUGAUGUUUCACAUAACCAUAAGUGAGACUUUUUUUAAAAUGUUUUUAGAACUGAACGUGCUGCCUAUGGACAAAGUCUGGAAGUUUGCUUACAGGCUUGAUGCAAGUUUUUUCUUUUAAUCACUUCAACACUAUAAAACCACUGAUGUGAGCUCUAUGUGAAUCAAACAUUUGAAGGUUCCUAGACUCAAGGAAUCAUCUUAGCAUAUGCCUCCUGAACCAUACUUUAAACUUUACAUGCUUCGUGGAUGUAAGAAAGCAUCCUUCCUGAACAUUUGAGUCCCAUGUGUGGAUCACUGAUUACAAUCCAAUGUAUAAGGCUG